AUGUCCGACGCCUGGUCUCCUAAGCGCACGCUGGCAGAGGUCGAUGCCAUCCUCUGCGCACCUGGAACCAUGCAUGAGACACAGACUGUCCUCGUCGGCAGCCUUGUACAGCGCGUGUACAAGAACCUAUGGCCCUCUUUACGCGUCUUUUGGUUAUGGGCUGCCAAUGAGCACAAGGACGCUGUCUACGCUGUCUUCGAGAACCAGCGUCUCACAUUUGCUGAAGCAUUUCAGCGUUCACUCAAGGCUGCUGCCAUAUAUCACGACGUGUAUGGUGUUCGCAAAGGUGACCGCGUUGUCAUUUGCGCCAGGAACUAUCCGGAAUACAUAGUGGCUUUCUGGGCUUGCCACCUUCUGGGGGCCAUUUCAGCUCUUGCAAACGCGUGGUCGCCUUUGGAGACUUUACGUUAUUGCAUCGCCCGCACAGAGUGCAAACUGAUCAUCGUCGAUCCCGAACGCGCAAAUUUGUUGGAGCCUAUCUCAAGGAAGCUUGUUGCAGAAGCCGGAAGCACAGGCAUCCUGGUUCUCGAAUCUCAGGAAGGGAAGGGAAAAUGGGAAGGGAUGACGACUUGGCACGCAGCCUUCAAUAAUUACAAGGGCGACCCUCUGAAAAUCCUGACCAUGGAUCCUAAGAUUACUCCUGAAGAUGACGCGACCAUCUUAUUCACCUCUGGAACCACUGGGAUGCCCAAGGGAGUUUUAAGCACACAAAGACAAUUUCUAACAAACAUAUUAAAUGUUAUUGUCGGAACGCGGAGGGCUGUUCUCAGACGUGGAGAAGGCAUCCCGACCCCUCCAGUUGGUCCUCAAAAAGCCGUCCUUCUCUCAGUCCCCCUUUUCCACGUCACUGGCCUUACGAGUCUGACGAUGUUGGCCACCAUGGGCGGUCUUAAGAUCGUCAUGAUGCGGAAGUGGAUACCAGAAGAAGGUGCAAGAUUGAUGAGGAAGGAAAAUGUUGUCAUUGCCGGAGGAGUUCCGUCAAUGGUUUCAGACCUCGCGGACAGCUCGGCCGCUGGGCUGCCUCUAGAUGCACUUAUGUUUGGAGGCGCCCCAGCCCCCGAUACUCUUACACCGCGUGCUCGCAGAGCAUUCCCAACCGCUACGAUGAGCCAAGGCUAUGGCCUAACAGAAACGAGCAGUGUAGCUGUUGGCUUUGCUGGAGAGGACUACGUUGCACGCCCCACAAGCUGCGGGCUCGCGAUGCCCGUCAAUGAUUUAAUGAUCAUGAAUGACGAUACUAGCGUUCCUGCUGGUACCGUAGGGGAAGUGUGGAUCAGAGGCCCAAAUGUUAUGAAAGGUUAUUGGCGAGAUCAAGCGGCUACUGACAAGGUACUCACCCAAGAUGGCUGGUUUAAAUCUGGUGAUCUCGGCUUUUUGGAUAAGGAAGGCUUUCUCUACAUUCGUGACCGAAUCAAGGACAUCAUCAUUCGUGGAGGAGAAAAUAUUGAUUCUGUCACUGUCGAAAAUGCUCUCUAUGCAGAUGAGCGUGUGCUGGAGGCUGCCGCAGUCGGCGUUCCCGAUAAACGUUUAGGUGAACUAGUGGCAGCCGUCGUAUCCGUCAAACCACCCUUCCACUCGCGGGUAACAGACAGAGAGCUCAUUUCGUUGGCUCGGAAGAGUCUACCUAAAUUUGCGGUUCCAGUCAUGAUUGUGGUCCAGAACGAGCCAUUUGAGCGCACUCCAUCGGGAAAGAUUCUCAAGGCCGACUUGCGCAAAAUUGCCGCUAAGGAGUGGUCGAAGAGGUCUAGUCACGAUACAUCUUCGAAGCUCUAG